GUGAGACAUUUACAUUAUCUUUUGAUGAUGUCGUUUUUGUAUUUUCCCUCCUCUUUGCUUUCCUUGUCUCCCUCCUCUUCGGUUCAGAAUUUGGCUCUCCGUAACCCACGAUGGUCGUGAGGAGAGAAGGGACAGAAGGAAUCUAAAAAUGGAACAGACGAACGGUUCUUAGGGGAUUUGAGGGAAAUGAGAAAGAUUGAAAAACCAGAUCAAAAUAAAGCCCCUCUCUUCCUCUUUCUCUCUCCUUACAUGAUUAGAUUUGGUAUUUCUUCACCCCUUUUCUCAUUGCCCUUGUUCGACCAGAUCCCAGUUCAUAUCUCUGGAAAAUCGUGUUUCAGAGCAAUCUUCAGGGACCUUACUGAAUCCAAUACCUAAAGUUGAAUACAGUAAAAAAGGAGAAGAAGAAGAAGAAGCAGCAGCGUGGGGAAAAGAGAAAGAAGCAGCAGCAGCGUGGGGAAAACAUAAAAAAAACUCAGCCGUGAAAAGAGAAGAACAAGAUGGAAAAUGAGUCUGGACCGCAAUAUUUCAAACUAAACACAGGAGCCUUGAUGCCCUCCGUUGGAUUGGGCACCUGGAAAGCAUCCGCUGGUGCCAUUGGAGAUGCAGUCAUUGCUGCUGUCAAGGCUGGUUAUAGACAUAUUGAUUGUGCGCGUAUGUACGACAACGAAAAGGAGGUUGGGGUGGCUUUGAAGGAACUACUUUCCACUGGUGAAGUGAAGCGUAGUGAGAUUUGGAUCACAUCCAAGUUAUGGUGCAGUGACCAUGCGCCAGAGGACGUCUCCACAGCACUUAGCAAGACAUUAGAAGACCUGCAACUAGACUAUGUCGACCUAUAUCUCAUACAUUGGCCAUUUCGGACGAAGCCUGGGUCAUGUGGGUGUGAUCCAAAAGUCAUGGCUCCACUGUGUCUUCCAGAGACAUGGAGUGCUAUGGAGGGCUUGUUUGCAUCAGGGAAAGCACGGGCAAUUGGAGUGAGCAACUUCUCAACUAAGAAGUUGGAAAACCUACUCGCAUACGCAAAGGUGCCACCAUCCGUUAAUCAGGUGGAAUGCCAUCCAGGGUGGCAGCAGCCUGGCUUACAUAACUUAUGCAAGUCUAGAGGCGUCCAUCUAUCGGCCUAUUGUCCUUUGGGGAAAGGUGAAACCAUGAAGGAUCCUACACUGAUUGAGAUUGCUAAAAAACUUAACAAAUCACCUGCACAAAUAGCUCUCCGUUGGGGUAUUCAAAACGGCCAUAGCAUCCUCCCAAAGAGUGUAAAUGAGUCCCGAAUCAAGGAGAACAUCAGUUUAUUUGACUGGUGCAUCCCUCAAGAUCUCUUCUCCAAGUUCUCCAAAAUCCAUCAGCAAAAGUUUGUACGAGGAGAAUUUGCAGUCCAUGAAACAUGCAGUCCGUAUAGCAGCCUCCAAGAGCUAUGGGAUGGUGAAAUAUGAGAUUGAUUACCAUCCAAGAAUAAAAGUAGAAGUUUUUGUCAUCUUCUUCAAAGAGAUUACAUCCACGGGGCUAGAAUCAGAUCAUUUUCCCUCCCCAAAAAAAUUGUUAUGAUUAUUAAUAUUAAAUAUAACACCUUAGAUUGUUAGACCAUAUACUUCAAAUUCAUCAUCUUCAUCCAAUAGCCUAGGGUUCCAUUAUACUUGAAAUUCAAUAUCUUUUGAUGUGGUUUGAAUGAACAUCAACCAGAUCUCCUGAAAUGUUUAUAAAACAUAGAGGAAAAAAUGAUA